AUGGACUUGUUUAAUCAGGGAGUUCUUGCUCAUAAUGACAUUGUCAUGAGACUAAUUUGCUUGGACACACUUGGUGACUUUGUGAUUUUGAGAAGCAAUGGUCAGCCUGUCUAUAAUUUCUGUGUCACUGUUGAUGAUGCCACCAUGCAUAUAUCACAUGUUAUCAGAGCAGAAGAACAUUUGCCAAACACCUUCCGGCAAACACUUAUAUACAACGCCCUUGGAUUUCCAAUGCCUUCUUUUGCACAUGUUUCACUGAUUCUAGCUCCUGAUAGAAGCAAGCUAUCAAAACGUCAUGGGGCAACUUCAGUUGGACAGUUCAGGGAGAUGGGAUAUUUGCCACAGGCAAUGGUCAACUAUCUAGCACUCUUAGGUUGGGGUGAUGGUACAGAAAAUGAAUUUUUCACCAUCGAUCAACUUGUGGAGAAGUUUUCUAUUGAUCGUGUGAAUAAGAGUGGAGCAGUCUUUGAUUCAGCAAAGUUGAGGUGGAUGAAUGGCCAGCACUUGAGAGCUCUUCCAUCGGAGGAAUUGGUUAAGAUUUUAGGAGAACGGUGGAAAACUGCAGGGAUUCUCUUAGAAUCUGAAGGGAUGUUUGUAAAGGAAGCCACUGAAUUAUUGAAGGAUGGGAUUGACUUGGUUACUGAUGCUGAUAAAGUUAUGUCAAACUUGCUAUCUUAUCCAUUAAACUCUACUUUAACUAGUGCUGAAGGAAAACCUGUUCUAGAAGACAAACUCCCUGAGGUCGCCUCGAGUUUGAUUGCUGCUUAUGACAGUGGAGAACUUCGUAAAGCACUAGAGGAAGGUCAUGCUGGUUGGCAAAAAUGGGUGAAGAGCUUUGGCAAGUUGCUGAAACGCAAGGGAAAAUCUCUAUUUAUGCCUCUUCGGGUAUUAUUGACCGGGAAGCUCCACGGCCCGGACAUGGGAGGCAGUAUUCUUCUGAUAUACAAGGCCGGAAUCAAUGGAGAUAUCGGCAAUCCACAAAUCGGUUUUGUUACAUUAGAUGAGAGAUUCAGAAUGCUCAAGGAACUGGACUGGGAGGCAUUGAAAGCACUACACGAAGCACAACCAGAACCUGUUGCCACUGCAUCCCACUGAAUUUAAUUGAAUCCUAUUUGCCAAUUCUUGUUUUAUGAGAAUUUCUUUUUAAAUUAUUCCUUUUUAUUUAAAAGGAAUUUUGUCUUCUUGAUGAUGUAUUUCUGUGUAUUACCCAAACAUUAUUAUAUAUUCACCAAA